AUGCCUCGCCCUUUGAGGAGAGCUACCCGGGUGUGUAAGCAAGACCAGCGGGCCCAGAGUGAGACCCAGCUCCCCAGAGGUGGCCAGGCCAAGGCAGCCCCUGCAGACAAGGAGUUGCCCUCCUCUUCCACUCCUGCUUCUGGCUUUGGUAGCCAGGGAAGACCUGACGCCGGGUCACACAGCAGUCUCCAGGGGCUUCUGAGAGCCUCGCCAGCCCCUAGUCCUUCUCCAGGAACUUCAGGCACAAGCGCUGGUGAAGGAGUCAGCAGCAGAGAUGGAAGUGGGCAGCAUUUCUCCCAGGACGAACCUUCUGAGCUGUCCAAGCAGGUGCAUUCCUUGGUGCAGUUCCUGAUGGGACUAUACAGAACGCACAAGCCCGUGAAUAAGGAAGACAUGCUGAAGAUAGUCAGCAAAAACUUUGAGCACCACUUCCUCGAGAUCCUCAAGAGAGCCACCUUCAGCAUCGAGGUGGUCUUUGGCAUUGACUUGAAGGAGCUUGACUCCAAGAAGCAGUGCUAUGCCCUGGUCAGCAAAAUGGACCUCCCCAACAAUGGCAUGCUGAGUGAUGGAAGGGGCUUUCCCAAAACGGGUCUCCUGAUGACUCUCCUGGGUGUGAUUUUCAUGAAUGGCAACUGUGCCAGAGAGGAGAUCAUCUGGAAAUUCCUGAAUAAGAUGCGCAUUUAUGCGGGGCAGAGGCACUUCAUCUAUGGGGAGCCCCGCAAACUCAUCACCCAAGACUUUGUGAAGCUCAAGUACCUGGAGUACAGGCGGGUGCCCAACACUGAGCCAGCACACUGUGAGUUCCUCUGGGGUCCCAGGGCCUAUGCGGAGACCACCAAGAUGAAGGUCCUGGAGUAUUUUGCCAAGAUCAAUAACACUGCGCCCAGUGCUUUAUCAUCCUGGUAUGAAGAGGCUCUGAGAGAUGAGGAAGACAGAGCUAGAGGCACAGUUCCACAGCAGGCUG